GAUGUCUUUUUAUCCAGGCUAUAGAUAUCCAUAUGCAGCACCCCUCACAAACUCAAUUCCUGCUCCAAUAACAUAUGCUCCACAAAUGUCCUAUGCUCCCCAAGUGAAUUAUGCUCCACAAAUUUCAUAUGCUGCUCCUGUUUAAUAUGCUCCAUAAAUGUCAUAUGCUGCUCCAGUUUAGUAUGCAAGACCUAUCACUCAAUCUGUCGUUUAACCAGUUGUCACACAACCUGUGGCUGUUCAAUAAGUUAUACAAUAACCUGUAAUUGCAUAACCAGUUGUUGCCCAACCUGUCUAAGCACCAAUAAAAGGAGAAUCAAGAGUUGAAUACAGAGAAUAUUAAAGACAAGUUGUUGAAAUGGAAACUGAGACUGUUUAAGUACAAGUGCCAAAAACGAAAUAUGUAACAGACUACUACCCUAUUGAAUACUAAACUGAAUAUAUUCCUAGAACUGUCUACGAAUAAUAAACAGAAUAUGUCCCCGUAACCAAAACAGUUCCAAGAGUUGAAUAUGAGGCUUAUGAAAGAGAGGUUUAAAGAGUAUAAAAUUAGUUUUAUAACGCUAGCCUCAACAAGUGAUGGUUUAACAACCUGUAGUAUAAUAAGUCGUUCAAUAACCGGUUGUUCAAUCUGUUAUGUAAUAACCAAUUGUUUAACAGCCAUUGUCAUAUUCAUUAGUAAGACAAGCACCAACAUAUGCAGCUCCUAUGGCAUAUUAAAGUGUAGCUCCAAUGGGUUCAUAUCCAGGCUUUUAUGGAGGAUAUAGACCUUUUUGAG